CUAACUACAUGACAGAGACACACCCUGUCUAACUGUGCUGUGGAUCUUAAUAUGAUUUCCUAGCAAGUCGUGAGAAAUGAAAGAACAGUAACAUGCUCUAGAUUGCCUUCCUUCCUGCAAGCAUGCAUCUGACAAAGAUGAUAUUUCACCAGGUCACUUGGAUUGCUGUUCACGGUGUUCCCAUGUUGAAAUCACAUGCUCUGCUGUCUGCAAACUUUGUCUGCGGCUUUGCUUUAUGACAUGUCUGUAGCCAUUCGGAAGAGAAGCUGGGAAGAUCAUGUAACCCAAUGGAUGGGAUUGUCCUCUAACACAGCGGGUUGUGAUAAGUUAUGUUGUCAUGGGCUUAAAGUAGAUCAAUUAAAUCCAGCUAUGGAAGAGCAUGGGAUAGUGACAGAGGCGCAAAGAGACAGACCUUCUUCUUUAUCAGAGAGUGGUAACUCUGGAGAAACUCACGAACAAAUCUGCACAGAGGUAGAUGAAAAUGAUAACCUAGAUAUGGAAGAUAAUCAUGUUUCGCCCAACACCAGCAUGGAAACAGUGAUCUCUUUGUCCUCCAGUGAUAAAGAACAAAGUGUCACAAAUGAGGAACUAUUGCAAUGUCAGGGGGGUGCUAGCUCAGUUGUUCCAAAGUUGCCAGAAGAUGACAUGAGCCAGGAAUGUAACAAAUAUUGUGGAGUUAACACCGUCAUUGUUGAUGCAGAAGAGAACACUCAUACAGAAGAGGAACAUCUGGACACUAAUAAUGAAAUCAAAGUAGAAAAUGUUAAUAUUUCAGACGUAAUAUCCAUAAAAAUUUCAAAAAAGGAAAUCUGGACAAAUACAGGUUUUGAGGAAAUUGACAUAACUGGUGAACAUCUGCUACACUCUGCUAGAGUUGCACAGCAGAGAAGAAAAUGCGAUGCAUCAAAAAAUGUACAUGGACAAGCAAUUUGUGAUGUGGUGACCAAUUCACCAGCUGAUAGCCUGUGUUCCUUUAUUUCGUCUCAAUUGGAAUCCAAAACAGGUGCGGAAAACUGUUGUAAUGCGUCUCCUCACUGCCAAAAUACCGAUGCAGCUCAGCAUAAUAUUGAUCUCACAGAUGGUAUUUCAAAUAUAACAGAGGAAAGCUUGCAAGAAAUAUGUUCUACAGAUUGCACCCAGCCUUUACAACUCAAGGAGAGCUUUACCACUUCUGAAGAGAUAUAUGAACAAGUUAGACUACGCAGAAAAAAGAAAUUUAAACAAGGCAAAUGUCAGCCAAGACUGGACUCUAUGGUGCUGCUAAUAAUGAAACUGGAUCAGCUGGACAAAGAUAUAGACAAUGCUCUCUGCUCUCCUUCUCUGUCCCGCAAACCAAUACUCAACGAGAGACAUCUACAAACUGCAAACGUCACACAGUCUGGUUCUGACAGUGCAGAAGAUAUUUCCCCAUUGUGUCAACUAAGAAAGAAUGUCUCUCGGGUAGACAUCGCAGAUUGUGCAUCGUCAGCUCAGGGAUUUUGCAAUGGAGCAAAACCAAAAAUUGUGGCUUUGCCGAUGAUAGCUGAAAGAGAAAAGGCUGAAAUAGAGGCAAAGGAAGCAUGUGAUUGGUUGCGUGCUGCGGGGUUUCCACAAUAUGCACAGCUAUAUGAAGAUCUUCUCUUUCCUAUUGACAUUUCCGCCGUGAAGAAGGACCAUGAUUUUUUGGAUAGAGAUGCAAUUGAAGCUUUGUGCAGGCGUUUAAAUACUUUAAAUAAGUGUGCGGUGAUGAAGCUGGAAAUCAGUCCAAAUAGGAAAAAGAGUGAAGAUUCAGAUGAAGACGAACCUUGUGCAAUCAGUGGCAAAUGGACAUUCCAGAGGGACAGUAAGAGAUGGUCAAGAUUGGAAGAAUUUGAUGUGUUUCAAGGACUUAAGCCAGUGCUGUGCGACUCUCGCCAGCUGGCAAGUGCUGUGAGCCAAGACAGCAUCCUUACAGACCUGAGCGAGCACCAAGAAGUUUCCUCUGUCCACAGUACCAGCAGCGACAGUCAAAGGGCACAUGUUCCCAGUGAGGCGGGCACUACAAGGACAAACUCUGUCAUCAGCGUUUGUUCAUCUGGAAACCCUUUUGCCAAUGAUGACUCAUUUGGUAGCCUUCCAUCACCCAAAGAACUUUCCAAUUUUAAUUUCAAUAUCAAGUCAACUGAGAAGAGCUCUAGAUCUAGGACAAAGAGCCUUCUAAAAAGAAUGGAAAGUCUAAAGAUCAAAACAUCUCAUAGCAGAAAGAAGUCACAGUCUAAAACAGGCUUGACCAUAAGUGAACCUAUAUUACAAGAGGGAGUUGAUGAUGAAAAGCUAAAGCAUCUUAACUGUGUGGAAAUCUCUUCUCUCAAUGGGAAUCAUAUAUAUGCCCCCAAAGUGCGCAAGAGGAGCAUAUCUAACUCCACACAAACCAGCAGUAGCAGUAGUCAGUCUGAGACAAGUAGUGCAGUUAGUACUCCGAGUCCAAUCACAAGAACACGGAGCCUAAGUGCUUGCCACAAAAGAGUUGGAAUGUACCUAGAAGGUUUUGAUCCCUUUAACCAGUCUACCUUCAGUGAUGUUCUUGAACAGAACUUUAAGAACCAGAGAGACAUUGGUGAGGAUGUUGUGUUCUUUAUACCGGAGGAUCACAAACCUGGGACCUUUCCUAAAGCACUUUCAAAUGGAAAUUUGUCUCCAAUGGACAGUAGGUCUCCUGUGAGCUGGAGAAAUGGGAGUUUUCUUGGACACGAGCAUCUCAACUUCACCAGGGAAAAUAGCGUUAACAGCUCCAAAAGUUCAUUCAGCAGCAGAAGGCGCAAUUCUUGCUGUUCUGAAGGAAGCCGGCUGAGUAUAUAUGACAAUGUUCCAGGCACCCUUUUGUACUCCAGUAAUGGGGACCUGGCUGAUCUGGAACAUGAGGACAUUUUCCCGGAACUGGAUGACAUCCUGUACCAUGUGAAGGGCAUGCAGAGAAUAGUGAACCAGUGGACAGAGAAAUUUUACGAUGAGGGCGAUUCAGAUUCAGCUUUGGACUCUGUGUCGCCUUGUCCCUCCUCUCCCAAGCAGAUACACUUGGAUAUUGAUAAUGACUGCAGUGCUCUGAGCGAUUUGGACAGCACAGGGAAUUCGCUGAAUGAGUGUGAGGAGACAACUGUAAUCCAAGGGAGGAGAGACUCUGGAGUAGGGGCAUCUUUGACCAGAACCAAUAGGCACAGAUUCAGAUGGCACAGCUUCCAAAGUUCACAUCGCCCCAGUUUGCGGUCUGCCUCACUGCAAAUCAACUGCCAGUCAGUGACUCAGAUUAACUUACUUCAGAAAUACUCACUCUUAAAGUUAACUGCUCUCUUGGAGAGGUACACCCCAUCCAACAAGCACGGAUUCAGCUGGGCUGUGCCAAAGUUUAUGAAGCGGGUUAAGGUUCCAGACUACAGAGACAAGAAUGUGUUUGGAGUCCCGUUAACGAUUAAUGUGCAGAGAUCCGGUCAGCCGCUGCCGCCGAGCAUACAGCAAGCCAUGCGGUACCUACGCAGUCAGUGCUUGGACCAGGUGGGACUGUUCAGAAAAUCAGGGGUCAAGUCUAGAAUUCUAGCAUUACGGGAACUAAGUGAGAACAAUGCAGACUGCUUGAUUUACGAGGGACAAUCUGCUUAUGAUCUAGCUGACAUGCUAAAGCAGUAUUUCAGGGAUCUGCCAGAGCCCCUACUUACCAGCAAGCUCUCCGAAACGUUCCUGCAGAUCUAUCAAUAUGUUCCAAAAGACCAGCGCCUCCAGGCAAUCAAGGCUGCCAUUAUGCUUCUGCCUGAUGAGAACAGAGAGGUCCUGCAGACUCUGUUAUAUUUCCUGAAUGAUGUCGCUGCGGCUGUGGACGAAAACCAGAUGACACCCACAAACCUGGCUGUGUGUUUAGCACCUUCUCUAUUCCACCUCAAUACCUUAAAGAGAGAGAACUCCUCGCCCAGGGUGAUGCAGAGAAAGCAGAGCUUGGGGAAGCCUGAUCAGAAGGAUUUGAAUGAAAACCUUGCAGCCACCCAAGGCUUAUCACAUAUGAUUGCCGAAUGCAAGAAACUCUUCCAGAUUCCUGAAGAAAUGAGCAAGUGCCGUAACUCCUACAUGGAGCAAGAACUGAGACCAGCAUGCUUAGAGGAACUGGUCAAUGGGAACGCUGAAGGCCUGUGUGACUAUCGGGCUUUCCUUCAAGAAGGCAUUGACAACCUGCUCAAAGACGCCAAGGACAAGUUUAAGGGCUGGGUCAGCUGUUCCACAUCAGAGCCAGCUGACCUCGCAUACAAAAAAAUUCCGGAAGGCCCACCUCUUCGUCUGUGGAAAAGCACUAUAGAAAUCCCGGCUCAGCCAGAAAAUGUUCUUCAGCGUCUGCUGAAAGAGCAACAUCUCUGGGACGAGGACCUGCUGGACUCCAAAGUUAUUGAGACUUUAGAUGAGCAGACUGAUAUUUAUCAAUAUGUCCAAAAUAACAUGGCUCCACACCCACCUAGAGACUUUGUGGUUUUACGAUCGUGGAGAAGCAAUUUAGCCAAAGGAGCCUGUGUGCUGCAACAUACAUCUGUGGAACACAACCAGGCGCCUUUACUUGGUGUCCGAGUCAACGUACUUCUAUCCAAAUACCUCAUAGAGCCUUGUGCAACAGGAAAAUCCAAGCUCACUUACCUGUGCAGAGCGGAUAUGAGAGGCCACAUGCCGGAAUGGUACAAUAAAGUGUUCGGACAAUUGUGUGCAGCAGAAGUUGUCAGGAUCCGAGACUCCUUUAUCAGCCCACAACCAGAAAGCAAUCAUGGAAAGUCACGGUGACAAACUCAGGAGAACUCCCCCAGAACGUGAAAUUCAUGCUUGAGAUGAGGUGUAACAAAAUGGGGAUCUCUGAAGUUGGACCUUUUGCAAGUUGCCUGGGACUAGUUUUAGCCAAGAUAUGAAGCUGCUUUUUUGUCCGUAUGGUGCUUAAUGCCCUGGACUGGAAAUAAUUGUCCUAUAAACUCUCAACGUAUAUCAUCAUAUAUGUUUUUUUACAUAUAAAUUGACUUUGCUUCUGGGAAGUAAAAUUACUUUAUUGGAAGUAUGUAUCGUGCAAAGUUACGAAAGCGCCACAUUCCUAUAUGCUGUUUUUUGUUUUUAUUUUUAUAUUAUCAUAUUCAAUUUUGAGCAUACUGAGGGACUGGUGUAUCCACUGGAAUAAUUGGUACAUAUAUAUAUACACAUUAUUAUUAUUUUUUUUGCAGAAGAUAAGAUUUGCACAGUGAAAAUGUGUGAAUGAGUAUCGUCCUUGUGAACUUAAACCAGUCAUCUAGUGUCUGGUACACAGAUAGGGAAAUUGUAGUUGGUUUUAAACUCGGGUUUAGUUCAUAAAAAGUUUUGCAAGUGGCCAGAAUAUUAAUGUAGUCCACCACAGAUUUGUUUACCUGUUGGUGUAGAGAAAAUCUCUGUUGCUGAGCUCAAAGUAGAUCCAACAGCAAAAAUAUUACGCGUUUCACACCUGAUUGCCAAACACUCUUCCCACCACACAACAAAUACAAGGAAGGACUGAUAUUUCAACACUUUACAUCUCACAAAAAUACUGAAACAUAUGUGCUGUUAUUUUAAUAUAUUGUAGGAUUCUAUUAAUCACAGUCAGACUAGUUGCCUCUAAAGGCAACAGGUAAUUUAAAUCAUUAUUUUAAGUUCUUUUACUGUACAUUUUUAUGGUUGCUAUUUAGCAGCUGGAUGCUGCUUGUGUAUGUUAGCGACCGUAUUCCCUGGUUAGUUUAGAGCUAACGUCCAACGACAGUCGUGUGCUACAAAGACCGGUAGGUAGACUUCAGUAUGGUAGGUGCCAGAGGUGAUGUCACUGCCAUGUAUUGAGUAGAGCUUCUGGCACCCAAAGAGUUUAGGACCUGUCCUACAAUUUACAAUACAGAGAAGGAAUGUGGGAAGUUAUUUAAGGUAAAUUAAUUGUAUGGAGACUGAAAGGAGAACUUUUAUGAAUGGAAGUUGUUGAAAGAUUUUUUGUUACCAUUGUCAGUAUUAUUUUAAAUGCUUUUCAAUGAAGAAAUUGUAUUAUGUGAUAGUCAAAAUAAGUGUUUUUCAGUAUCAGUGUUUCUGAAUAUAUCCUAAAAUUCCUAAACUUUGUAUAUUCAUUGUAAUCUUUGAUUGUAAAAAUACAUUGCUGUAAAUACCACUUAAAUGUAAUGUCUAUUGUCAAAGAUACGAAAUGCAUGGCAAAGGUAAUUAUUUAAAAUAUAUCUAUGUAUUUAUACCUCAGAUAAUGUCUCUUGUAUCUGGAUGCAUUCCUUCAACUUCAAAAAUGCUAAACAUGAUAAAAAUUAAAGUAAGAGCAUAGAAAAUAGAUUUAUAUCUCGAUGUGUAUGUCUACAAAAUAUAGCCAAGUGCACUAUUAAAUGUAUGAAAUGAA